AUGGCGGCGGGCGGGGAGCUGCUGCUCAACGUGUGCUCGGCGCCCGGGCGGUCUAAGGCUCCUAAAAGAAGGCUUCAGUCACCGCAAGGAAACCCACCUUUAAAACGGAAAUGUAAACCUCCAGUAAGCUCCUUCAAGAAGAGCGCUACAGAAAACCCACCCUUAAAACCAAAAUGUAAACCUCCAGUAAACUCCUUCAAGAAGAGCACUACAGAAGCUGACACCAGGGGAAAGGGAAACUCUUCAAAAAAACCUCUUCCAAAGAAGAAGUUGUUGGAUGACCACAAUGAGAACUUGAAAAACAGACCUUUCAUUAAGACCUCCAGCUUGUUUAAAAACAACCCUGAUGUCCCACAAAUUCACAGAAAAGCAGUGCAGCAAGUGCAAGAAGAUAUUUUCACUUCAGAUUCUUUCGACCAGCUGGACCUCCAUCCACAUCUGAUAUCCACAAUAACCACUGUCUUGAAGAUAUGUAGCAUGACCAGUGUUCAGAAGCAAACGAUUCCUGUGCUGAUACAAGGCAAAGAUGCUUUAGUGAGAUCUCAAACCGGUUCAGGUAAAACUCUGGCCUAUGGGAUUCCACUUGUACAGUCCUUGCAAGGAGUGAAACCCAAAAUACAGCGCAGCGAUGGGCCUUAUGCACUUGUAUUAGUCCCAACAAGAGAGCUAGCACUCCAGAGCUUUGAAACCAUACAGAAGCUACUCAAGCCAUUCACCUGGAUCGUGCCUGGAGUGCUAAUGGGGGGAGAAAAAAGAAAAUCAGAAAAAGCCAGAUUACGUAAAGGGAUAAAUAUCCUUAUUUCAACUCCUGGUCGCUUGGUUGAUCAUAUCAAGUCCACAGAAUGUAUUCAUUUUCGUCGCACUCAGUGGCUGAUUAUUGAUGAAGCAGACAGGAUCUUGGACCUGGGCUUUGAGAAGGAUGUUGCUGUGAUACUCAAUGCUCUAAAUGCUGAGAGAGAAACACGCCAGAAUGUCCUGCUUUCAGCCACCCUCACAGAAGGAGUAACACGACUGGCUGAUAUCAGUUUGAAUGAUCCCAUCAGAAUUUCCAUAGCAGAUAAAAUCCAGGACAGGCUCAAACCUGCAUCACAAGAAGAUAAAGAAGCCACUAGUUCAUCAACCUUCAUGGACCAGGAAAAGUUUGCCGUUCCGGAGAAGCUGAAGCAGUAUUUCCUCAUGGUCCCCAGCAAACUGAGGCUUGUCACCUUGGCAGCUUUUAUCCUUGAGAAGUGCAAGUUUGAAAAAGGCAAUAAGAUGAUUAUCUUUUUCUCCAGCUGUGAACAAGUAGAAUUCUACUAUAAGCUUCUCCUAACGGUCCUUUCAGGAGAUCUAGAGUCUGAACAACAUGAACAUUUCUCUGUAUCCUCUACACACCUUCAGUUUCUACGAUUGCAUGGCAACAUGGAACAGGAAGAAAGAACUGAGGUGUUCCAGGAGUUUCUAAAAUCGAAGACUGGCAUCUUACUUUGCACUGAUGUUGCAGCACGUGGACUAGACCUGCCUCAAGUUACAUGGAUCGUACAGUAUAACGCUCCGGCUUCACCUGCGGAAUACAUCCACCGGAUUGGGAGGACGGCUCGCAUUGGCUGUCACGGGAACAGCCUGCUUGUCCUGGCGCCUUCGGAGGCAGAAUAUGUCAGCUUGCUGGCUUCUCACAAGAUUAAUGUCUCAGAGAUAAAGAUGGAGAAGGUGCUGUCCAGCCUUAUGAAAGAUAAUCGUUUCAAAUUGCCCAGAUCAGGAAACAAGAAACCCUGUGGCACAGACCCUCAGCAGGUCCGGGAGCGGGCCACCGUCUUGCAGACAAAAUUUGAAAAUUACGUUCACUCCAGCGAGGGGACCGUCCGGUGGGCAAAGAAAGCACUGCAGUCUUUCCUUUGUGCCUAUACCACCUACCCCAGAAACCUCAAGCACAUCUUCCACAUCAAGUCUCUUCACCUGGGUCACAUAGCCAAGAGCUUUGGCCUGAGGGACGCCCCCCAGAACCUGAGUGCUCUUCCUAAGGCUGGCUCCAAGAAGAAGAUCAAAGCAAGACAAAAAAGGUCUGACCUUCCCAAAGGCAACCGCGGCAAGACCCCCGGCAAGCAUCGCCUCGCUGAGAUCUUGCGCUCCGAAUAUUCCAGCGGGAUGGACACUGGGGUAUCCAAGGUCAGGAAGAAGAAGAAACAGAGAAAACCUGGCACCAAGGAGAAUCCAACAUAAGCCGGGACCUUCCCGUCAUUUGCUGUGAAACCUGCUGGAGUGUCCCACCUGGGGGUCGGGGUGACCUGCCAAAUAACUGAGGACUGCUUCAAUUUAUCAGGCAAAUGUGGGAGGGAGCCUGGGGGAGCUCAGCCUCCUUCCCCUUGCUCCAUAGGUCCAAAUGGAGUCGAAUCCACACAUGUCCUGUUGCACUGCUGCAUUUAAGUGCAGCUUCCUGAAGAUCUAUCGUGUUUCUAAGGCUUCUUUGCAAGGAAAAUAAAAGAGAUGAAGUAUGGGUUUUGGAGAAGCAUCUAUUUGAUAUUAAAAUGAGACAAAUCUAUUAAGAAUGUUAAGAAAUCCUUUCUUAUUUAAAAGAAAAAAAAAAUCAUUCCUGUUUAAAAGGCCUGUAGAAACACUCUGGGCUGUGUUUUGUUGCUUAAUUUAAACUAGAGGAAAAAGGAGUAGCAAAGUGGUUCCAGGUGCAGGUUUAAGAGGAGAAGAAGCUGUUGUCCCCCCUGACAUCAGCUGGUGGGACAUGUUUGCUCCUGUCUCAGGUACUGUAAUCACGUUGCUGUCACCCUCCCUCCUGUCCUUUGUACGUUGGUGCAAGGUCUGUCCUGGGCAUUGACCAUUAAUCAGAUGUUGCCAGGUCCUAUAAGGCAUCUCCUUGAUCUCAGUGGGACCGAUAGGAUUGUAGAAAACUCGGAGUAAUGAUUCAGAGUCCCUUAGGAACAGAACUCAUGGGCACAAAACUUAAUGCCAAAAAGCUUAUAAGUUUAGGAAUAAACCUUGUCACUGUCGGAAGGA